CACCAGGGUCGGCCAGCACCAGCGACUACAACGAGACUCAACCACGCCGUCAUCUAACGACGGUUACAAGCACUUGGAUAUCUCUUACUUUUUGUCCACGAAUCGCCACUCUCAGAACGCAAGUACGAGUAGCGAACUGAUUAACUCAGAUCUCUUCGCAGAUCAUUGACUCCCAGUGGAUUUAUAGACAGAAAUAAUAGAUCAUGCCGCCGUCCAUAAAUCAUCCAGGCCAUGCAAGAAAGGACUUUGGCUUGCAAAGGACGGGGACUCUUUUGCACAAGGGUUUUAAAACAGUGCAAGACCCGUAUGCUGGAAGACAAAGAACUGGGGCUUCACUUGUCAACGCAUUACUUGCCACCGCCUUAUUUCGCUGUUGGCACCUUCUUAUCUUCUUCGGCGCUUGGGCGACCUUGGUAUGCGUUCUCAACGCUCAAGGACACAGAGUGAUCAUUCAACCUACGUUACUUACUGUAACUGGUACAGUAUUAGGUUUUGUGAUCAGUUACAGGACAACCUCUUCAUUCGAAAGAUACAACGAGGGAAGACGGCUCUGGUCCCAAAUCGUUCUGGCUAGUCGGACCUUUGCGCGAACGGUUUGGUUUCAUAUCCCAGAUCCACCAGCUACAGCAUCUGAAUCUGCAGAAGUGUUGAAAGCCAGAGCAAUGAUUGAAAAGAAGACUGUUAUAAAUCUUAUUGAAGCAUUUGGCGUAGCUGUCAAGCACUAUCUGCGAGGAGAGGAUGGAAUUUAUUACGAAGACCUGUACUACCUUGUUAAAUUCCUCCCCUCCUACGCUCUUCCAACUGGCCUUCCUUCAAAUCUUGAUCUUGCCAACGAUCAUGCCCCUUCAGAAAUACAUUCACCUCCGGGCUCCCCCAUAUCUACUUCCUUUCAUCGACCUUCCCUCCGCAGACCCUCAGACGCUUCACGCAAUCAGACCUUCUUGACACAACGUAUCAAUGCAAGCUCCUUCUCCGAUUCGCAUCUUCCGCUCCCUGCUACAGCUCAUACAUCCGGUAAGACCACCUUCCGGGAACCCCAGCCAGCGGAUCGCCCCCAUCAAGCUACAGACAAGACAUUCUACGACGUCAAAUCCACUGUGUCAGAAGAACCUGCAGAGAGGGUUAUCCUACAAAGACCCGACGAAGUGUUCCUUUUCCCCGCGAAGAUGCCCCCCAAAUAUCAUUUAUUUGAUUUGUUUCCAUUCUCGUUACUAGUGAGGGUUUUAACAAACAGGGGUAAGGAGUUGAAAGGCAAGAAAGCCGCCAAACUGAGGGCGAAAAUGAGGAACAAGAGCGCCUCGCAUAACCUGCCGCUGGAAAUUUCAUUGUAUCUGAGCUCGUAUAUCUCCGCCCUUCAAAUACGGAAAACUAACGAGGUCCCCACUACUAAUACAAUGCUUGCUGCUCUAAAUCAAUUGGUGGAUAGUCUCACUGGACUGGAACGGAUCCUAACGACGCCUAUCCCUUUCUCGUACUCAUUCCACUUGUGGGUUGUCGUCGUCAUCUACAUUCUAGUUCUCCCUCCGCAAAUCUGGCCAACUUUGUCUUGGAAAACUAUCCCCGCUACGGUUAUACUUGCGUUCAUGUUCUUCGGGUUUUUGGUUGCUGGAGAGGAAAUCGAAAAUCCAUUUGGUUAUGACAAGAAUGAUCUUAACCUGGAUCAUUUCACUCAUAACAUCAUUCGUAACGAACUCCGCGCGAUCACUUCUACUCCAGCCCCUGAUCCUGCUCGUUGGGCUUUUGCACCUGAGAAUGACCUUCUAUUCGCAUCAGAUGUCCACACCGACGAACGAGUCACACCACAGGAAUGGAUUGGGAGAGGAUAUAUACAGAUGCAGCAUGCCCUCAGUCUAUAAACUCUGGCUGAUCAUUUUAUUCCGUGAGGGUGCUAUUUCUUGUGAAUUUUGCUUCAAAAAUAGAUGCGGACGGACCAUUGCAUAUUGUUUUCACUAUCUAGCUAAAUUUCGUCUCUUGGAUAUGUUGCUUUCUAAUUCCUUGCGCAUAAUACUCUCACAUCACAUACAUAUAUAUUUAUGAUUAGUGCAUAUGUCUCUCAAGAGUCUGUACAGCCCUACGUAGCGCCGCUGUUCUUGCUAGAACUAAUAGCAUCGCGUUUCUGCUGAAAAAAUCGAUGUUUUGAAUUUGGACGGUCUCAAGCUUUCGUAAAUCGACUUUGGACGUUCGCCUUUAGGAAAGGAAAGG